AUGAGGGCGAGCGAGAGUUCGAAUGCAAGAGCCUCUGCUGGUUUGAACGUGUCCAAUUUGCAUGCUGUGUUGAGUGAGGAUCCCAAGGUGUCCAUCCUAAACGGUGUUACCUUAUCUGUCGAGCCCGGCGAAGUAGUGGCCCUCCUUGGCCCCAAUGGGUGCGGGAAGAGCAGCCUUGCCAGAACUAUCAUGGGUGAUUCGCAAUAUGAAGUUACUCAUGGUAGAGUAGAGAUGACCGGUGAGGACGUACUUAGCUUGGAUGUUGAUGAGCGUGCUUCGAAGUUGGGGCUCUUCAUGUCCUGGCAGGCACCGGUAGAGGUGCCUGGUCUAACGAACUUCACUUUAUUGCACGCCGCGGUGAAUGCAUGUAGGCAAGCUCAGAAGCUGCCCGAAUUGUCGCCCUUUGAGUUUUAUGACUUUGCGAAAUCUCGAUUAAUAGAGGUGGAACGAGGGGAGGAGCUGCUGAAGUAUCUGGAUAGACCCGUGAAUACAGGGAUGUCAGGGGGUGAACGGAAGCGGGUAGAGCUCCUACAUGCAGUGGUCCUACGACCUAGACUUUGUGUCUUUGAUGAGAUCGACAGUGGACUGGACGUGGAUGCAUUGAGACAGGUUGCGACAACUCUGCGGUCUCUAUGUGAGGUUGACCCGACAAUGUCGAUGUUGAUAGUAUCCCAUUACAAGCGUAUGCUCGACGAGCUCCAUCCUACUAGCGUACUGGUCAUGCAGGAUGGUGUCAUAGUCCAUCAAGGCGGUCCUGAUCUCAUCAAUGAAGUAGAUGAGGGAGGGUUCAAGAGGGGAUGGUUCAAAGGAGAUGAUGAUGAUGACCCCGUGAGUAUCUAG